AUGCCGGCGUCGAGCGACCUCUCCAACGGAGGGCACUCUCCAGGAGGCUCUCAGGCGUUGGUUCAUGUCAAUGGAGCUUCUCAGGAGCAGUCCAACUCUGCUUCUUCCGCUCCGGAGUUUUACCUCACAGAGCGUCUGCCUCACGCCAUGGUAUUAGAUGCACUCCCUUAUGUAGAUCCUCUGCCUGCUGAACAGCAGCAAGAGGUGCAGCAACUGCUGCAGCAAGAGAUGGCUCUGAUCGCCCAGGAGGCUGGCGGGCCAGACAACCUCCCUGACUACCUCAGAGAACUUCCCCUUCCCAAAACCGCCCUCUUGGAUGACGCGGAGACGAUGUUGGGAAAAGAGAUGGCGAGAAAGGCGAGAGGUGAACCCAUCCCCGAGCUGGACCUGAGCAAGUACACGAGCUUCACCGUGCCCACUGGACAGAAGGCUUCCGAUGUAAAGCUUUGGGAGAAGGCAGUUGUGAACUGCCAGCAGCUGCUGCAGCACACAGCAACUGCCCACAUCAACCUAGAGUUAAUGAAUGCACAUGCCGCCGCAUCCUGGCAGAGGCACCUCAAGAACCUCACGCAAACUAAAGACAGGCUGGCUGCCGUAACGAAACGCCGCGCUGAGGAAGAAAACACAAUUUGCAAGACACGCAAAUUGCAGCAGGUAGAGGCCGCGGGAACCCUAAAGCAGCUCGACCAGACGGCUCAGCAGUACAAAAACAACAAUGCCUCCAUCAUAGCAGCUCUGGGCCCGCUGACGGCAGAAGUUCAGGAUUUGAAGGCCAAGUGCAGGAUCAGAGGCAUCUUGCCGGAGUACGCAGAGGAGGACGAGCUUGACUUGGAGGCUUGGCAGGAAGCGGCAAACGUCGAGUCGUAG